GUAAUCUCCACCCAUUUCAUGAGGUGUGAUGGAUGUCAGCGAAACGAAUAGGGAGCGCACACGAGCCCACCGCACCCACCAGAUCAGCGUUACUGAAUCAUUUCAACAAACAUAACAUCCCUCGCUUAUCCCAACAGUGAUACGGCCAAUCGCCAGAUAAGCGCGGACCGCUCGAUGGGAAAAUUCAGAAGAUGAUACUCUGAAGAGGGGUAAACAUGGAAACCCGACGCUGAGUUCUUUUAAUUGUGACCAUAAGACACCAUGGCCAAACAGUACGAUGUGCUGUUUAGACUUUUGCUUCUCGGAGACUCCGGUGUCGGGAAAACCUGUUUGUUAUGCAGAUUCACGGACAAUGAAUUUCAUCCCUCUCACAUUUCUACCAUCGGUGUCGAUUUCAAAAUGAAGACCUUAGAGAUUGAUGGCAUUAAAGUGCGAAUACAGAUAUGGGACACGGCAGGCCAGGAGAGAUAUCAGACCAUCACGAAACAGUACUACAGAAGAGCACAGGGCAUUUUUCUGGUGUAUGACAUCACGAGCGAGCGUUCAUUUCAGCACAUCAUGAAGUGGGCCAGUGAUGUGGAUGAGUAUGCUCCUGAGAAGGUGCAGAAGAUACUUGUUGGGAACAAGUCUGAUGAAGAACAGAAGAGACAGGUAGCUACAGAGCAGGGAGAUAAGCUUGCAAAGGCUUACGGGAUGGACUUUUUUGAGACAAGUGCCUUUACAAACCGUAACAUUACAGAGUCUUUCACCCGAUUGGCUGAAUUAGUGUUACAAGCCAAUAAGAAGGAUAUUGAUAUGUUGGGAAGCUCCAUUAAUGACGAGUUUGAUCUCACAGUUUUGGAGGAGCAGGAAGGAUUGUGCAAUGUUGGCGACAACACUCGUAAGUCGUGCUGGUGCUGAGGACUGGAAGUGGCACAGCCACUCUUUCAGUUGAUAUUUGUUGCAUUUUGAAUAUUUUUGCAUCAGCUUGUGUUUGCGCCUUUGAUGACCAAUUCAUUAUUUCAUAUGGAUUAUUAUUUAUUUUAUAGUUAAAGAAGCUCAAACAGUCUCAUCAAUCAUUUCAGUCAUAUCUUUCAGAAUCAGUUCAAUGUUUAUUUAACAGAUAUAUGGGAACAGCUUAAGUAUCAGGCAGCAUUCAAUUUUAUGGCUGGAGCACCCAUGUUAACGUGUAAUGUGUUUUUGUGUUAUGCUGUGGGACUUAAAAGGAUAGUUUGCCUAUAAAUACAAAUUGUGUGAUGAUUUACUCACCCAGUGUUGUUUCAAACCUGUAUGUCUUUGAUUCUUUGCUCGACCACACAGAAUAUUCAAGCUAAAUUAAUGUAUAUGGGGACACCUACAUUUCUGUGUGUGUGUGUGUGUGUGUGUGUGUGUGUGUGUGUGUGUGUGUGUGUGUGUGUGUGUGUGUGUGUGUGUGUGUGUGUGUGUGUGUGUGUGUGUGUGUGUCUUACGGUUUUGGAAGAAUAUGGGGAUGAGUAAAUGAUUACAGAAUUUAAAUUUUUCAGUAAAGUGUCCUUUAAAGUGAUAAUAAUAUCUAAAACUAGUGGAAAGUGUCCCUUGAAAUGUUCUUGAAUGAUGAAUUAAUGGGGUUUGACCAAACUGUUAUAAAAUAUAAAAUGCUUCUUUGGUAUAAAGGCAUUGUAAAAAAAAAACAUGCUGCUUACCAGUUUUAGUCCACUGUGAUUGUAAAUGAAUGCAAGGGGGUUUUAUUUAAAUCUGUAAAUUAUUAUCAUAUAUACAAAAAUGUUAUUUCAUCUGGUAUUUUACACCAAUCUCUUUUUCAUCAUCAAUACUCUUUGCGUUCAGAUGAUGUAGGUUGGAAAAUGUCUACAUUAUACUGUAAAUGAUUCUGGAAAUGUUGCCGUUUGACUUUCAUCAUGGCAACUGAUCAUUACCGUAGCAACACCAGAAAAAGGUUUAUAGCCUGCUUUGAUCGACGUCAUUUCCAUCCCAACUUAAGCUAAAUUUAUGCAGAACUGUUUUGAUUCCCAGCGUGGAGCAGCUACAUGAGGCCUGUGUGCUGUGCUGAAUUGACAUGGGUUGUAUUGUAAACGAUUAAAUGUAUAUUAUACUAUUGCAACAUUUAUAUGUGCAAGUGGUACUGUACUAUGUUGAUUUAAAUUAACUCUUGAAUAAUGCAAAUGUUUGCUUGUGUUAUUUUAAAACUUCAAUGAAAUGUUCAUGAACAAUUUGAUACAUUUAAAUGAGUAUGUGGUUAUUUAUAUAUAAAUAAUAUAUAUAAGGUGUAGUAGUGUGAUUCUGUCUAGGGUCCAAUAAUUAAGAAUAAACAUUUGAGUUGUUGUUCUUA